UCCGCUCAGUACUUUGCGAGUAAAAAGAGAGAAAAGAAACAAAGGAAAAAAGAACCAAAAAAAAAAAAAACCCAAAAGCAAAGAAGAAGCAAAGCAAAGCAAAACUCAACUCAACUCAACUCGGAUUUCUCUCUCCUCCUUCCCUCUUGCAUGUAGAAGUAGAUGCUCUUUGAAACCCCCAUAACUCCUCAACUCGACUCGCCUUCUCCGCUCCCAUGGCCAACAACCCUUCCGAAACUCCGGCCGACGAUUUCCUCGAGCAAAUUCUCGGCUUCCCCUCUUUCGCCUCCGCCGAUAACAACUUAUCGGGAGGCGACGGCGGCGGCUUGGCCGGAGCGCCGCCCGGUGCGAUGAUGCUGCAGCUCAGCUCCGGCGACGGUUCCGGCCACAUGCCAGGCGUGGGCGGCGGCGGCGUUGGGUUUCCUGGAUCGGUGUUUCCGCUAGGGUUGAGCUUGGAGCAGGGGAAACCCGGGUUUCUGAAGCCCGAGGAGGCGUCCGGGAGCGGGAAAAGGUUUCGAAACGACGUCGUUGACGGUAGAGCUUCCACUGUGAAGAAUGUGUACCAUGGCCAACCAAUUCCUGCUACAAUUGCCCCACAUCCGCCAGCAAUGCGACCAAGAGUUCGGGCCAGAAGAGGACAGGCCACAGAUCCUCACAGCAUCGCUGAGCGGUUGCGCCGAGAAAGAAUAGCGGAACGGAUCAGGGCAUUGCAGGAGCUUGUUCCUAGCGUCAACAAGACGGAUAGAGCUGCCAUGCUUGAUGAAAUCGUGGAUUAUGUGAAGUUCCUAAGGCUUCAAGUAAAGGUUUUGAGCAUGAGUAGAUUGGGCGGAGCUGGUGCGGUAGCACCACUUGUAACGGACAUUCCACUAUCAUCUGUUGAGGAAGAGGGCAGCGAAGGUGGGAGAAAUCAACCGGCAUGGGAGAAGUGGUCUAACGAUGGCACGGAACGACAGGUUGCUAAGCUUAUGGAAGAAAAUGUCGGGGCUGCUAUGCAGUUCCUUCAAUCAAAGGCUCUUUGCAUCAUGCCCAUCUCACUCGCUUCAGCAAUCUACCAUUCCCAGCCACCCGACACCUCCAGUGUCGUCAAGCCUGAAACAAACCCCCCUUCCUAGUCCUCUUUAACAGGUUCUGCAUUUCUUUUGGUUCCAAAGAAAAAGACGGGGCAAAAAAAAAAAAAAAAAAA